GCCUCUUUCCCGGUUGGCCGCCAUCUUGUUGUUGAUUUGAACAAGUACGGAGCGGGUGAGAGGAACCGGGAACGGGAGGAGACCGACGCGGGUAACCGCCCUCCCAUAGCUGUGCAGGGUGCAGCGCCUGGGGAGGUGUCCAGUGGAUUGGAGAACUAUCUAAAAAGUCAAAAUUAUGGGGCAACUGGUUUUUACUACCUACAUCUGGUUCAACAAGAUACAGGGAAUUCAUUCUUUUUACUACAGUGAUUUUUAUGACUCAAAGAUGUCAACCCAUGGUGACAGAAAGCAACCUGAGGUCGAUCAGAAGUAAGCUUAAGCUAUGAGUGCGGCCGUUGGCCGAAAUGCGUCAGAUGACUCGUGACGCACCUCUACACGCAUGGUGUGGAUCUUACAAGUCUUUGGACGACAGCAAUGGUUUAAUGUCUAACGAUGAAAUAAAAGUUGUUUUAUGGCACAGCAAACCCAGUGAGAUUGUUACUUGUGGAGCUUAUAUAUUCGAGCCUGGACACCGGGUUAGUGGAAAAAGUGGAACGGCAGUCUGAGGAGCGGUGUUUGUGCUCGAAAUUUGAGAGGUAAUAGAUGCCGCAGAGGGGUAAAGCGUCACAGCUCACUACUAGUUGGUUGUUCCUUAAGGAGCAUAGAAUCCUUCAAUGGACACGCUGAUGAUAAAGCUUCCCUGUGGAUCGGAUCAAGAAGCACUUGAAGAUCAACUAAGUAGCUUUGGUGCAAAGAAUUUGCCAUCUCCAGUUAUUUGCCCUUCCGUGCUGUUGUCUGGCCCCUGCGCCCCUCCCCAUGCCCCCACCGAGCGUAGUGCACCCAACGCAAUGUGUGUUUGUCAAACCAUGGAAGUGGGGAAGUGCGGCAAGAGCGCUGUAUGUGACAGGGGCCGGGGGGUCCUUCUGGAGCCAUUCAUUCAUCAGGUGGGAGGUCACAGCAGCAUGAUGCGCUAUGACGACCAUACAGUAUGCAAGCCCCUCAUCAACCGGGAACAGCGAUUCUAUGAGUCUCUGCCACCAGAAAUGAUGGAGUUUACCCCAGAAUAUAAAG